UCCAAAUUCAAAACCAAAAGUCCCUCCAAAAAAUGGCCCCAAAGGCAGAGAAGAAACCCGCCGAGAAAAAGCCAGCAGCAGCGGAGAAGUCUCCGGCGGCAGAAAAGAAGCCAAAAGCAGGCAAAAAGCUCCCAAAAGAUGCAGGAGCAGCCGCAGCCGGAGACAAGAAGAAGAAGAGGGCAAAGAAGGGUACCGAGACAUACAAGAUAUAUAUCUUUAAGGUGCUGAAGCAAGUUCAUCCGGAUAUCGGGAUCUCGAGCAAGGCAAUGGGGAUAAUGAAUAGCUUCAUCAACGAUAUCUUUGAGAAGUUGGCUCAGGAGUCUUCGAGGCUGGCGAGGUAUAACAAGAAGCCGACCAUCACGUCGAGGGAGAUUCAGACGGCGGUGAGGUUGGUUUUGCCCGGGGAGUUGGCCAAGCAUGCUGUUUCUGAAGGGACUAAGGCUGUUACCAAGUUUACUACAAGUAGUUCAUGAUUUAGGUUCGGGUUUUAGAAUUUAGGGUUGUAUUCGUGGCUGUAAGGAAAGUAAACUCCAUUCAACUACUAGUAGUUCUUGAUCUAGGCAAUGGGUUUUUGAUUGUACGUAAUGGGCUGUUUUUGGAUCUGCUUAAUGAAUGAAGAUGACCAAGUUCUUGUAUCUCAGUUCUUUCAUGGUUAA